GCCACUGCCACUGCUCCAGAAAGUACACCGGGCGGGAUCACUGCAGCCGUGCUGGGACUUCUCACUGACUUGGCUAACUGACCACAACAGAAGGGCCAGAAACAAAAAAGAAGAACAAGAAGAGGAAGAAGAAGAAGAAGAAGAAGAAGAAGAAGAAGAAGAAGAAGAAGAAGAAAAGAACAAAACAAAACAAAACAAAAUGUCUGCCCAUUUUAUCAGAGGACCAAGCUUUGGACUGUCAGCUGAGGUCAAGAGCAAGCUUGCAGGGAAGUACGACCCGGUGAAGGAGCAGCAGCUGCGCGUCUGGAUCCAGGAAACGACGGGGCGUCGCAUCGGAGACAACUUCAUGGACAGCCUGAAGAACGGAGUCAUCCUGUGCGAUUUAAUCAACAAGCUGCAGCCUGGGUCAGUGAAGAAGAUAAACGAGUCCACCCAGAACUGGCAUCAGCUGGAGAACAUUGGUAACUUUGUCCGAGCCAUCACCGCUUAUGGAAUCAGACCCCACGACAUAUUUGAGGCCAACGACCUCUUUGAGAACACUAAUCACACACAGGUCCAGUCUACACUCAUCGCCCUGGCAGGAGUGGCCAAGACCAAGGGUGCCACCAAAUAUGACAUUGGAGUGAAGUAUGCUGACAAGCAGCAGCGGAAAUUUGCUCCGGAGAAGAUGAGGGAAGGACGGAACGUGAUCGGCCUGCAGAUGGGCACCAACAAAUUAGCCAGUCAAAAGGGCAUGACCUCCUACGGGACGAGGCGGCACCUCUACGACCCCAAGAAUGAGAUGGACAAGCCCCUGGACCAGUCCACCAUCAGCCUUCAGAUGGGCACCAACAAAGGAGCCAGCCAGGCCGGCAUGACCGCGGCGGGCACCAAGCGGCAGGUGUUCGACCCGAAGAUGAACCUGCAGGACUGCGACACGACGACCGUGUCCCUGCAGAUGGGCACCAACAAGGCGGCGUCCCAGCGGGGCAUGACGCCCAUGGGUCUGCCGCGCCAGGUCUACGACAGCAACUACUGCAGCAACGUGGAGGACCUGUACGAGGACAACUACAUCGACGGAUACACCGAGUGAUGACCCGGCAGAGGAGGAGGAGGAGGAGGAGGAGAGGCGCAUUAUAAUGGGCACGUUUGUGGUACCGCAUGCUGCGCAAAGCUGCGUGCAGCACAUGUACACUACUAGCGAAAUAAAUUAAAAUGCAUUCAUGUUAGAAAUUUCUCAAAGCAGUAUGCAUUAGGAUUGGGCAAGUGUGCUUGUGUGCUGCACAACUUUGCCCCAGAAUGCAUUGUAAUUUCACAGUGCAAGACGUGCAACUUUGUUCAGCGUGCAGCAUCAUGAAUGUGGCCAUUGGCGUCUAUCGGAGGUGUUAGUACUGACUUCAGAAAAAAAAUGAUAUAAUGUCAAUAAUAAUAAUAACAACAAUAAUAAAAAAUCUACCACGUAUUUGAUUUUAUUGUUCUUAAUUGUGAACAAAGCAAAGUGUUAUUGGCUGGAAAAGCACAAGAAAACCCCUCCACAAAAAAUGUGACACAUUAUAAACGCAACAAGCCCCUUUUCAUAGGUAGUGCAGCAAUGCUACAACUACUUUUAAGUGAAGUCAAGAUUGACAUCUCUAGUCUGAUCCACUUGCAGUAAACCAGAAAAAGUUAGAAAAAAACUGAAAAGUGAAGAAAAGGAAAGUAAAAAAAAGGAGAACAAAAAAUGCACACGCAGACUGUGGCAGUCAUUAUUGUCUACUAUGAUCCUGGCAUGAGCUCCUUGGGGACUAUUCAUGAAGGCAGGUGUAGUCACCUAUGCCUCUUUUCCACUGCCAGUUUUCUGGUAGGCCUACAACUAAGCGUGGCUCGGCCGCCACUUUUUGCUUUGCGCAACACAGCUCAAUCGUAAAGCAAAAAGUGGCGACCGACUCGCGCUUUGUCGGGCUGUAGGCCUACCUGAAAACCGGCAGUGGAAAAGAGGCAUUAGCUGGGUAGGCAAACUCAAAGCCAAAGACAGCCCAACUGCAGGAACGAACCGUCAAAAGCUACAAGAAGCUGGUUUUGUUGCUUCUGUCGCCUGCUCAUCAAUGCAAAGUCAUUCAUUUCCAGUGCCUUUGUAGCCUUAGUCGCUUUUGAUAUGUUUGUGCAGUGAAGUCAUGUCUCUUCUGGUCGAGCAUUGGACCUAUGUGUUAGUUAGAGCUGGGUCAUUGAUGUUUUUGGGGCACAGUAAAUGUCGUGGUGUUAAUUCAACACUGAAAGAGUUCAUUUGAGUCCAAAUUAUGUCAAAUCAACUCUCUAAAUGUUAAAUGAGCACUGCAGAAUUUACUGUGGGGGCUCAGACGUCAGGUGGUACAAGACGUCAGGUGGUCAGGUGGUACCCAUUAAUUAAUUAGUAAUUGGCAAUUACUGUUCGAGCAAUGAAUAUGCUUCUUAGAUUAUCCACUAAAACCAAAAACGAUCAUAUAAUCCAGGGGUUCCCAACCUCUUCCAACUUGGGGCACACUGUCUAGACAUUUUCACAAAUGUUCGGGGCCCACUCCACUAAACAAUAACUUGAUGAUUUCAAGGCCCACUUGGAAUACCUUCAGGGCCCACCAGUGUGCCGCGGCCCACAGUUUGAGAAUCACUGAAGUAAUCCAUACAAUAAGUGACAUUAGCUAAAUUGCUUGCACCACCCUGAUGAGUGCCUCUCCUAAAACGUCCUUGACCCAGCUGGCUCACCUCACUGUCACUGUCAAUCAGUUGGCCUCAUUCCUGGAGUAACCUCCUCCGUUCGUGUUGGUUUGUGUUCGGCUAGCUAUAGCGUUGGAACUGCUUGGGACAUGCACCACUUGAUCUCUCACUACUGAGCUUAGAGAAGCAGCGUGUGUAGUAGAAUGUAGUUUAGCUUUAGACAAAUUACUGGUAGCUUUCUAGCCAAUAGUUUGGAGGUUUUUUUUUAUUUUUUAUUAUUCAUCAGAACUAGCUUCGUUUAGCUUAUUACUUAUUUGACCACCAUAAGCUGAGGCCAAAACUAGCUCGAGUGGCAUUUCUAAAUUAGAUAUUGUAUAGUUGACAACCCUUCUGGAGAUUUUACCUUCCUAAGGGUAUUAUGCCAAUCACUGUUUGGUGCAUCUGUGAAAGAAAUAUUAGUAUUCAACAAAGAAAAAAACUUUUUUUAAAAAUCAAAAAGUAAUGAAAUACAAAUAAACAAGUUGUGAAAGUGUUCUUUGACGUCACCGUGUAUUAUAAAUCUGUGUCAUUGGAACACGAGUGGUAUUUUCCAUGCCCGUAACACCCCCAGAAAUGUAAACAUACAACAUACAUUGUUUUCAAAUGUAAACAUACCAUUGAUUAACAAAUCACAAGAAUAAACCGUACUGCUCACCAUUCAAUUUUAUAUCAAUGAGCUGAUGUCUUCUUUUGGUUAAGUUAUGUACAGUAAGGACCUCUAGUGGUGAACUUAUGUUACUACCUUGACAGUGCAAGAACAGUACAUAGUGGGGAAGCUUCUUUUCUCAAACAUGAUUUGAUAUUUGAUAAUUUGGGCUAAACAACAGGACUUUUUUUGUUAUGAGCGUCUGAGCAUUGCCGUCAUGGCUUAUUUCACAUUUGUAUUUUCUGUUUGUGAAACAGAGUUCUAUGAAACAGACACUGAUCAAGACCUUCUUGAUCACACAUUGUCUUUCCUUGAAUUCUUUUUGUAUGAAAAGAAUAAACAACAUACCUUGCUUGAGAAAUGUGAAUCACAUUUAAUCAUCAACACUUUAUUUGCCAUGAAAAACGUCAAUGAACGCAUUUCAGCUCAACAAUAACAAUUGAAAGCAUGGCAUCAGCAACUCCAUAAUGCCAUGCAACUUGCAUAGAACUGCCAAUCGAGGCAUUUCACUUGAAAACACUAGACAGUGUUCCCUCUGUGUAACAUGCAUUACUGUAUUUUUUUUUUGUGAAGUAAUACAUUGCUUUAAAAAAUAAAAUAUGCCGCUAUUUUGCUUUCAAUUUAUUUCUCUUU